AUGUAUGAUAGGUAUUUGUGGUAUCUAUUGUUUCAGAUAUGUAUAACAGAAUCUUUUGUUACACAAUUUAGUCAUUCAUGUGACAGUUGUAGAAAAUUAAGGGUAGAUUCCCACAGGCGUUAUUUAGAACGGGUUCGUAAGAUAUAUCCCCCGGCACCAAAGGGUUUUGGAGGCACUAUCACAGAGAAGAAAAGUGGAAAUGAUACCUUAAAUGAUGCUCCGGUGACUAAUGUCACUAAUGACUGUGAGAAAGAAUGGCUAAAGAGGUAUCCAUACCUCUCCAUGCGCGAUAUAUGGGAUAAGUUUAACUAUAGUGGAGGAGUGAGGAAAGGGGCUGUAAGUGGGAGGCUAAUGGUGUCCAAACAUACGAAGCGGCCCAAUUAUUACAAGACUGGGACGCCAACGCCAGUGCCGUAUGAGGAUCCAUACGGUUUGAUCAAGAGUGAUAGUGACAUUGAAGGGAUAAGGAAAGCAUGCUUGGUGGCAAGGAAAAUUUUAGAUUCUGUCCACCCCUACAUGCGAAGUGGAGUCAUGACAGACACUAUAGAUCGGCAUGUUCACAGAAUGUGCGAUUUGUACAAUGUAUAUCCAUCACCACUACGCUAUAAAGGAUUUCCCAAAUCGGUUUGUAUUUCAAUCAACGAAAUUGUCUGUCACGGGAUUCCAGAUUCAAAUGUGUUGGCAGUGGGGGAUUUUGUUAAUGUCGACAUUACGGUAUUUCUGGACGGAUAUCAUGGAGAUGUUUCUGAGACAUUUUUGGUGUUACCAGAUGCAGCAUUCUCACGAAAUGAAUGUGGGAAGAGAGAGCCAGUAGCUAUAGGCGGAUACGAACAAAAAAAGAUGGAGAGAUUGGCGAUUGUACGUAAGUAUGUAGAGUCCGAAAGAAUAAACGAGACGAAACUAAGGGAUUUUGAGGACAGAAUUAGCAGAAAUUUGUCAAAAAACUCCACUGGAGGAUUUGGAGGCAUAAGACAGGCAACAAAACACUCUAACCUCAAGCUUACACAGGGCUAUUUAAGCAAGCUGAAACACUUUGAAUCUUACACCAAACCGCAAAAAUCAAUGAUAGACGAAAUACCUGAGUACAUAUUGCCAUAUUCUAACAGAUUACUAAAAUCUGCCUACAAUGCCACUAUGGCGGGAGUUGAGGCCUGUGGCCCAGGGGUACCCUUCAAAGCGAUUGGGGAUGCAAUUGGAAAUGUGAUAGAGCGAGACGGAUUUUUUACCACGCCGUAUCUAGUAGGUCAUGGAAUUGGCAAAAAUUUUCAUGAAGAUCCGAAUAUAUCAUUUGUACGCAACGAUGAUAACGAAGUGAUGCUACCAGGAAUGGUAUUUACGAUUGAGCCCGUAAUUUUUGAACGGGAAUGCGGCAUAGUAACAUGGCCAGAUGGAUGGACAAUCGCAACUGAAGAUGGAUCUAGAAGCGCCCAAUACGAACACACAAUCGCAAUCACAGAAAGCGGGGUAGAGAUUUUAACUCAACGACUACAAACAUCCCCUUCUUUAUACUUUUUAGAUGACUGCCAGCUACUUAAAAGAGCAGGAAGGUUGGAACGUUACUUGCAAUCCCUUGAAGGGCGAUAA